CCCUUCUUCUUUCCCAAGCUUCUUCCUCGGCACCGAUGAAUGGUUCACUCAGCAAGCGGAGAGCAUGAGUGAAGCGAUCCUAGUGUGCCUUUUGCAGCCAUCUGAACACCACCCACGGUCACCGGUGUUGUCCAACAUCCUUCUAUCUGAUAAUCUCGACCCACGCAUCGCCGACGUCAAGAUUGAAAACAUCGGGCGCAGAAAGGGAAGAGAUAAUGAGGGAAAUAACCAAAGCGGCACCGAAUUUGAUGUGUAUUGUUUUGGAGUUAUUUUGAUAGAGUUGUUGACGGGAACACAGGGGAUGAAGGAAAGUGUGAAGCGCGAGGAAGUUGGCGAAGGAAGGGGGCACGAGUGUGAGGACUUUGAAGCUGAACUUCAGGGGCAGAAAACUCUUGAAGAUUUUAACAAUCUUGUUGGUCCUUUUGGCACAAAGGAAGCUCCUGCAAUCAUCAAAUCCUUCUAUGACAAGAGAAUAGUUGGGUGCCCAGGAACUCGUGGUUUUUGUUCUGUUUGUUCAAACUCUUGUGGUUGAUUUUUGGUCUUGAUUUUGCUAUUUUCUUUGUCUUGAUAGAAUUGGAACUAGAAUUUUUGGUUCUCUUUAAACCAGUGCUCGUUGGUUUCUGUGUUGAUUUUGCUGGCAUUUUAGGUUUAGGUUUGCUACAUAUCGAGUCUCCGAUGGUUAGAUAUUGUUUCUUUUUUAUUUAUUUGCAUCCAUGUGAGUUGACUUGGUUUGAUGAAAUUUGAAUAUGUAUUUGAGGUUUUUUUUUGGACAGUGAUUUAGUUUCUCUUUGUUGCAUUUCAAUGGUGUCAGAGGAGUCAUUUGGGUUUGAGAAAAACCCAGAUCUGGGUUUGAUUUGGAGAGGAAGAGGAAGGGACAAGAGAGAGAGAAAGUGAAAGAGGAAGAAGAGAUGACAUGGAGGUUUCAUUGUUAGACUGUGAUUUAGUUUCUCUUUUGUUACAUUUUAGUGGCAUCGAAGGAGUCAUCUGAGUUUAAGAAAAACCCAGAUCUGGG